UACGGGUAGGAGAAAAAAAAAUCACGCUGUUUUGAAUGGGAGACAACAAUAACAAGAAGAAGAUAAAAUAAUUUAUCGAUGAGCGAGUUUAAUUUAAUGUUUCUGUAGAUGUUUUAGAAGAAGCGAAUGGCGUCGACUCUGCUCUCUCCAAUGGUGGAUUAUUACAACGACGAAGAGGAGCUGGACAGCGUGGACGAGGACGAUGACCGGAGUUUCAGAGGCAGAGACUCAGAGGAAGACACUGAAGACGCCAGUGAAACGGACCUGGCCAAACAUGACGAGGACGACUACGUGGAGCUCAAAGAGCAGAUGUACCAAGACAAGCUGGCGUCGCUAAAAAGGCAACUGCAACAACUUCAAGAAGGCACUCUGCAGGAGUAUCAGAAGAGGAUGAAGAAACUCGAUCAGCAGUAUAAAGAGAGACUCCGUAACGCAGAUCUCUUCCUCCAACUUGAGACGGAGCAGGUGGAAAGAAACUACAUCAAAGAGAAGAAAGCCGCGGUGAAGGAGUUCGACGACAAGAAAGUGGAGCUGAAGGAGAAUUUAAUUGCAGAGCUGGAGGAGAAGAAGAAGAUGAUCGAGAAUGAGAAGCUGACAAUGGAGCUGACGGGAGAUUCCAUGGAGGUAAAGCCCAUCAUGACGCGCAAGCUGAGGAGGCGACCCAACGAUCCCGUCCCCAUUCCCGACAAACGCAGAAAACCUGCUCCAGCUCAGCUAAACUAUUUACUCUCAGAGGAGCAAAUAAUGGAGGACCUGAGGACGCUAAACAAGCUUAAGUCACCGAAAAGACCAGCUUCCCCGUCUUCUCCUGAACAUCUUCCGACCACGCCCAUGGAAAGCCCUACUCAGCGUUACGAGGCACGGAUAGAAGACGGGAAACUUUACUACGAUAAAAGAUGGUACCAUAAAAGUCAGGCCAUCUAUCUGGAGUCGAAGGACAACACCAAGAUCAGCUGCGUCAUCAGUUCUGUAGGAACUAGCGAGAUCUGGGUGAGGAAAACCAGCGACAGUACGAAGAUGAGGAUUUAUUUAGGUCAGCUCCAGCGCGGUGCCUUCAUCAUCAGACGCCGUUCAGCAGUGUAGAGACACUUUCCCCUUCCUCAUCCUCAUCAUUUCAGUCUUCUCUUCAUCCUGUCAUAUUUGCGCUCCAUCCGUCUCUCUCUCUCUUUCUCUGUUUCUCUCUUAGACAUAAUGCAGAGAAAUAAAUUUUCAGCUCUCUGCUGUGACCUUCUCACUCCUCUCUGCUCGCUAUAGCAGGUCUCUCCGAAAGCUUUGAGACUGUCUAUGAAAUCUUCAACGCUUCCCUUGCUCAUUCACAAUCAUGUGUCACACCGCUCUCCUGACUGUGCCAAGUUUCAUCAGAGGGAGGAAAAGGAGAACACAAACGCAUCUCACCAUUUUCUUGUACAGUUUUUUUUUUUCUUUUUCUUUAAAUACAAGUCAGAGUCAUAACGCAAACACUGAACUUACCAGAACGCAUAUGGUUAAGAGUCAUUUUCAUUAAUUAAGCCGUGUUUCCAGAUGAGUUUGAGAAUGAGACGGAGAUGGGUUCCCAGGUUAACAUACAGUAUCAGUCAUAUCCUGCCGAGAUUUUUUUUUUUUAAAUGCUUGGCUUUACAAAAAAAUUAAAAAAUAAUAAUGGACACUUGCAGUAUUCCACAACUGUGGUUUGGUUUGUCUGUGCAUCUUUGGUUUCACCCUCGGCCUGUUUUGUUUCUGUAAAUAUUAACAUGCCCGUUUGUUUUUGUCCUUACUUGUCCUUGCAAAGUCGACAAGGAGGACGUUGUUAAAAUACAAUUUUAAAUAAAGAAUUUUUCUUUUUGAA